UUAUUUGAAAUGAUGGACGGACUUCAGCUAACGAGUUUGUCAAAACUACAUUUUGUAUUGAUCUUUUGUAUUUCAACUACGUAUCUUUGUUGCUACCCUGUACUAUCACUGGCGUCUUCUGAAAAAGCAGACUACUGCCUCGUCUUGCUAAACAGCUGCUUAGUGGAAGCUGAGCGCAGUGAAGAGCUUGCAUUUCUCAAGCCUUUCCUGGAGAAAUCUUUCAUGAAAAGGUCCUUCCGAAAUGGCGUUGGCUCUGGAAUUAAAAAAAAAUCCUUCAGAAGAGCAAAAUCAUAAAGUGUUCACAUAAAAGUCUUGGAAAAUAAGGUUUUCUUAUGAAUAUACUUGAAAAAAAUAUAGUUUUUAUUGUAUGAUAAUUAAACAAUUAAUUUUUAUUUGUGUAAUGAAAACAGACAUCCUAUACAAAAUACAGAUACAGUGAAUUAUUAAUGGUUGAUAGUUAACAUUACUUUGAAAGU